AACAAAUAAUAGUAAACUAGUUCAAAAUAGGAGACAACAUAUAACAUAAUAUAAAAACAAAGACAAAUACAAAAACAACCUGAGAGUAUUCAAAGAGAGUGUUCCAGAGAGAAAAAAUGGUGCUUUGGGAGAUCACGUUGGGGACUGCGUAUUUCUUGGGACUCAAGCGAACCUACAGGCUCGCUCUCAAGAUUCAGCGCAAGGUUGUUAGCCCUAAACACCCCAAGAUCCGCCAAUUUCUUCACAGACGAACACAUGCCGUAUUUGAUGUAGCACUCAAGGUUCAUCAUAACAUACAAGAGAGGGACAUAGAAGUUGGUCGGAAUCUUGGUAACUGGAUUCUGCGAUGGCUUGACCGUAUGAAACCAUCAGCUCAGAUUCGCGGUCCCUCUCCUGGAAAUCCUCCCAAUGGUGCUAGCUCAAGCUUGAGCAUGACAAAGCAGGUAAAUGCCUCCAAUCUGAAACCUCCUGGGGGUUCUCAAAUAUCCAGAAAUCAGGAUUCUGCUAGGCAUCUUUUUACCUCAGCGAGAAAUAUUUGGCCUAAGCCUUUCACAUCCAUUUCAAUGAUGAUGCGAUCACCAAAGACUGCUGGGAGUAUGACCCAGUAUAGACAUUUCUCUGGGCCAGAAAUGUUGAGAUCAAGUUACAUGAGAAGUUGGACAGAAGGUCUCCGGACGGACAUAAGGCAGUGGAUGAUACACAACUAAAGUUGCAGCUCUUUAGUGGUUUUCCAGGAGAUAAGACUUUUGGAACUGAACUAUGGAAGAGGUUGUUUUUCAGGAUUGACUGAAUGGAAACAGUGCAGUAGAUGCAACUGAUGGCUUGAACGUGCUUUGGUUCAUUGCCUCAUGAAGGUUUUUGUUUUUUUUGGUACCCUUGUUCUCUGCCAGCAUUUUGUAUAGUAGUUUUUUUUAAGAACUCGCAGUUGCCUGAGAUCAGAGAUGGCUUCUUGUUAUUUAAUAAAACGAAAGACAUGGCAAUACUCUUUAUGAA